AUGGCAAAAUCAUAUUUGAAGAGUGAAUUUCACAUGUUAAUGGAGAAAGUAGAGGCAGUUGAUGCUAGAGUGAAGAAUUACUUGAAAUUGACUGCUAGAGAACUACCAAUAUAUGAUUUUCUGGAGGAAGUUAGAUUGAUGUUUGGAAGAUGGAACUGUGAAAACAGACAGCAGGCAUUGUAUACUUUUACGGAUCUUAUUGGUAAAUUUCAAGAAAUUCUUCAACAAAAUGAAGCAGUGUACACGUAUGAAGUUUUUUAUAACAAGAAUUUCAAGAAGGGGCCAUAUUGCUCUGAUCUAUACAAGCCAAAAACCGUCCUAAGAACAUAUGAUCUUCCAAUUUAUCCACUACCACACAAAGAUGACUGGGUGAUUCCGAAAGAAAUUAUGGAUAAGAUUGUUCUGCCGCCGAAAUACAAGUGA